ACGUGGGCCCUCGUCGAUGUCGGUUCUGGUUCGCGCGCGUUCGUAAAAAAGCACCGUUCACUAGUACGGUUAGCGUGCGGUGGCCAAACAGAAACCACUUGACGUAACCGAGUGUCCACAGCGGUCGCGCGCAUCUCGCCGAUCGAAUCGAUAUCGGCCCCUCUUCCCAAGUGCAUUGUGCUCCCAAAUAGAUCGCGUGGAUCACGUAAACUAUCACGAGAGACCCGUAACGUCGGUGUGUACUACUGAUUGUGUACCAUCAUUAGGAUUAUUGCAGCAGUAGUGUAGUGCGACGAACGGUGCACCUACGACGCGACGGCAGUAUAAAACAGAGAGGGUGUCUAAAUGCUGCACGGCUCUUGGCGUGAUUAACGUUGACUGAGGUAUCAAAGACAGUGUCAAGAUUGAGCAAGUCGUUGUUCCGUCCGGCGGUGAUCUCGCCAAAAUUUGGAGGAUGCUGAUGCCGGGUGCCGCGGGUCUCGGUGUGGGUGCAGUUGGCGCUGUGGGUGCUGUUGGGGCCCCAGCACCCGACGAAUUGGUGCAAGGGCUCGGGGCCUUGGCUGGUACCACACCGCAACAGAAAGACACGACAUGGACGAAGUUGUUCGUCGGUGGUCUACCCUACCAUACUACUGAUAAGAGUCUUAGGGAACACUUCAACAUUUAUGGGGACAUCGAAGAGGCCGUCGUCAUUACAGACAGACAAACUGGCAAAAGCAGGGGUUACGGUUUUGUAAUUAUGGGAGACAAACUAGCGGCAGAGAGAGCAUGCAAAGAACCCAAUCCCAUCAUCGACGGUCGCAAAGCAAACGUCAAUUUGGCCAUUCUCGGAGCUAAGCCCAGGGGUAAUUUGCAAACGACAUUCCCGUUUGCUGCAGGCAUCCGAGCUGGUUACCCAGCAGUGCUUCCUAGCCAAUACGGGUUACCGGGCUACGUGUAUCAGUCACCCUACCUGGCGGCCGCUGCGCCAGGUGGUCUGGUACCACUUCCGGCGACGCAGUUGAGCCACGCAGCCGCCGUCGCCGCGGCAUCGCAGUUCUACGACUACCAGAACGCGGCUGCAGCCGCCGCGACCUACCCUGGCACGUCGUACAACUUCGCCGAGGCGUACCCGUACACCACCGCGGCCGCGGCUGGUACGUGUUUGAAUACUGUCCAGAGCAAGGGUAGCAACAGCUACCCGUUACACCAACACCAACACCACCACCAGCAGCAACAGCAGCAAAACGGUCCCGCGACGUUGGCGCAACAGCAACGGUUGGAGAAAGCUCUCCUACCGCAAUUUCUGCCGUCCGUGCUGCGUGACUACGCUAACGCAGCAGCAGCGGGUUACGUGGCUCCGUACACCUACGCUACGUUACCAGGUGCCGCGGGACUGCCAGCGGCGGCUGCAGCAGCGGCAACAGCAGCCGGAGCAGCCUUCCCAGGCUUGCCGUACCAGACGACACCUCAGGAGGCCAGAUUGCAAUAAAGCGUCAAAUGUCAAACCGCCACGAGACAGUUGCAGUCGCACUUUCUACGAGAUAGAAACGCUCGGGGCAGUACGAUACGCUCGAUUCUCGAUUGCCGUCCUUUAAGGAUCAGCUCGUCCUCAUCAGCUUCCUGAAUCGUUCAUUACUCCCCGAGACUUCUAUGUUCCUCAUUACGGCGAGCCUAUCUGCGAAUCGCCAGCGAGAGAUGGAGAAUACUGUGCUUGACGACGCCUUCUUCACCACUAGGGACUCCUCGCUAUGUCUACGACGUUCACUCUUCCUUUUUCGUCUCCCUGAUUGAAUCUUCCUUCUUAACUUUCACCGCAAAGCCGAUACUAGCGUGCUCGACCAACGCGUGUAGCGAAACUUUUUUUUCGAAAAACGAAUAACAAUCUUUAGGAUUACGAAUUAUUAGGUUGAUGCAAAAAUUGCGAUUUUUGCUGUUCAACCGAUAUGUUAUCUGUAAUCCGAAGGGCUGAUGAGCUCGUUCGGAGAAUGCUCAUCUCUCGAUGUAGAAACUCGAACGAUCUGGAAUGGGGGUAAGCGAAUGUACUUUGGCUCGUGUUCAAGAACGUGCGCGAGAAAGUUCGUCGCAGGUUUUUGAGCACGACGCUAUCCAGUAUCUAAUUUGUAUUUCACAGCGUCACAAAGCAAUGCGUCGAGAUGCCUAAUUAUGCCUGUUACGGCUCUCAAAAUUUGAAAUUUGAGCUCAUGGAGAUUUGAGGAUUCUCAAGUUUCUCGUGCACUGAUUCAUUUUCGUCGGUGAUUUCUAGACCUGCUGCACAUUCGAUGAUCUUCUUUCUUUGUUGAUUAAUCUGGAUAGUAUUUUUGAAGGUAUACGUCUAGAUUAUUUUCUCUUGGAGGCAUAAAUUGUAUUAGUACAAAAUGUAUCUUCGACAAAGUUCAUCGAAUGUGCUAGGGACACUGAUAAAAAUUUAUGCACGAGCUUGACGACGACGUUAAGAUCGUUGAGGCCGAAGAUGUCCCCGUAAAACACGUAUUCUCGAGAACAAUGCGUUUCAGUUCUUAAAAGCAAACUCUGAGCAACUAAUAUUUCUAAUUCUUUCGGCGCUCAAGCUGAUAAAUAUAUCUAUAGAGCACAGAGCAUGUUACAAGAAAGUAAUAUCUUCCAACCGUCUACCGUCUAUCUCUUAUUUUCUGCGCAUUGCUUGUCUCGGCCCUCUGUUGUUUAUCAGAACGUAAGUUGAUUUAUAGAUAUCAUAUUGUAUCGAUAUUUAUUAUAAACUAUAUAGAAUAUUACGAGUAUUAGUAGUUAGGACGUUAGCCGAUUUAUACCAAGAUCACCAAGGCGUGAUUUAAAAAGAAAAAAAGUCCGAAGCAUGCACGAACAUCGAGAACGUUUAAUGCAGUCGCAGUGGCCUUAAAAUCGCACAUUUCAGCGAAACAAAGUGUCUUACUUUUGAGGCCUUGUUUAUGUUGAUUAAUCGAUUAAAUAUAUUGAGCGAAGUGACACCGACCAAUUUUCUGACGAUGCGUACCCACCGAGGAUCAAGGAGCGAACGAAUUUCAUUGACAAUCAGCCGUUAUUAAUAUAAUAUGCAAAUUGAAUGCUCCUUCACUUUUUGAACGAAACGUUGAAUUUCCUAACUAUUAAGUGACUCUGUCACGUUGGUUGAAAGCGUCUGUGUCCGUUUUAAAGGUAUUGCCUCAUUGCUAACGGCAAUAAUUUCCUGAUGCUCGAUCGACCUGUCUUUACCUUGAAGCAUGUUCGUUUACUCUGAAUGAUUCAGUGCCUUAAUUAGCACAGUCGAGUAAUCGUUAAUGAUUAGAAACUAGUCAGCGAUCUGUUAGCGCAACGCUCGACGCGCCAACUCGUGUACAGGUGUGAGGCUCAACGAAAGGGUGAGGAGCUAAAGGAAUAUCAAAAAUCGUAAUCAACUUGGACUGGGUUGUGAGGAAUGUGGUUAUCUAGUCCCAAACCCUUUCAAACCUUUGAACGAGGUUAAAGCUCGGUUUGCUAGAUUUAUAAGUAGAGAUUAACGAUUACCAGGGAGGAAACCAAAAGCGAAACUCUCUUUGUAAAAAGUGAAAAAGUGAAAAACGUUCACAGGAGACCGUAGCGUUAAGUAUUAUUACGUAACGUAAUAGGAAAAUAAAUUAUUAUUAUAUUAUUUUAUUAUUAUUAUUGUAUUAUUAUAUUAUUAUUAUUCUCAUUAUUACUUCUUUAUUAUUGACAUGAUCAUAAUGACCGUUUUAUUAUUACUAUUAUUAUUAUUAUCACUAUUAUUAUUAUUAUUAUAAUUAUCACUAUUAAUAUUAUAUACAUUAUUGUUCAUGUACUUAACAAAGGAACAGAAUGUAUACGUGAUUAAGAAAGUUUGUUAUAAAACCAUGCUGAAGCUUCCGUUGCAAGUGAAGAUGAUGGUAGUAGAAAAUUUAACGAUAAAAACGAUGGAGGGACGUACUUCGGUAGUACGUGCUUCUUCUAAAGUACGAUCUUCUUUUCGAAUGUCCUGUACUUCUCUAAGAUUAAUUGUAUAUAGGCUUAAUUAUAUAUUAUAGAUAGGUUGUAAUAUAUAUAUUGCCUGUUAUCUUCAAUAAUAUUAAUAUACACUCUAUUAAUAGAUUCACAAAGAUCGAAAA